GUUCUCCCUCUCACUUUACGCCAAUUCACCGUCGACUCGUCUGUCCUGUCUGUCAACCGUCGCUCAUUGCUCACUGUUUACUCUAAUCAGCGCUCUUUUCAUGAUCUUCUGAUUGCUCUCUGUCUACUCUACCUUGUCAACAUCCAUCUUCAGCCUUUUCUUCGACCGGAAAAUGUUCACCUCUUCUCUCCCUUUCUCAUUGGUCCUCCUCAUCCUCUCAACCUCCUCUUUCGCCCAACAACAAUUCAACAAUGUCACCCUUGACCCCGCUGCCUCGACACUUUUCUCAACCUCAAGCGGUACCCUUUCACCAGUAGGCACAACAGAGGAUGGAGGGCGCAUACUCGCUGCCUGUACACUCGACUCAACAGUCUACGUCGCCGGGUCGUUCUCCCAAAUAGGAGGCACAUCCGCACAAAACGUCGCUGCGUUCGACUCUUCCUCCUCUUCCUUCUCCGCCCUUCCCAAAGGAGGGCCAAACGACGCCGUUCACGCCCUCUACUGCGAUUCGGCAAACAACCUCCUCUGGCUUGGAGGGAACUUCACCCUUCCCUCACCGGGCGCAGCGGCCUAUGCACCACACAAUAGCUCCUGGGUGCCGGCGCCGUUUGUCGGUCUGUCUGGCGAAGUUCUCGCCAUCACCCCAUUUGCCGACGCACAGUCCAUCUACUUUGCAGGAUCUUUCAUCACCGCAUUUUCUUCAAACAGCACCAACUCCACGUUCGGCAACAACCCGAAUGUGCCGUACUCUGCUGGCGCAACACCUUAUUCCUCCUCAUUAGUCCCGAUACCCCUGCAAGGAGCGCAGAUCACCGCUGAACCCGCUACCGGUCAGACCGGGUUCAGCGACAUCACAAACAUACUUUGUCCGGCAGGAGCUGACGGCGAGGGGAAUACCUGGCUCGCACAGGAUGGAUCGGCCGCGCAAAUCACGGUCAGGACGUUCAGGAACGAGGGGGUCAGUGGUGUCAGAUUGGGGAAUACGUUCGUACAGGGGAGGGGAACAACAGCCUUCACUGUCACGACCAUCCCGAACAAUCAGGUCCUCCCAUUGUCUUACAUCGACCCAGUAACCAACACAACACAGAACUGUUCUGAUUCCUGCCCGUUGCUCACAAACACCACUAUCCCGUAUCAGGACUUCAUCUUUAACCAAACACCAGCAUUAACUAUCACCGGUUUCCAGCUGACGCUCAACACAUGGGCCGGUGCGGGAGCUGGCCUGCACUUGCUGCAACUGUUGUCGGAGGGAUCCUUCGCUUCUUUCGUGCCGGGAUUGGACACGGCAUCCUGCUUCGCUCCUGGGCCUACGACGGUCACGCAAACAGGUAAUUGGCAGGAGGUUAACGUCACUACCAACACGGCUGGUACUGUUCAGCCCAUACUGCAGGCUACGCUCCCGACGAAUACACCACCAGCUUCCUCUCCUUCCCUGGAUCUGUCCGUCUAUGUCUCCGCCGUCGGAUACUACACCGUCUAUUUUGUUACUCCUGGGUGUACGCUCAUGGAAGACUGCGACUUGCGCACGACUGUCCAGGUCACAAUCAGCCCUGGAAACAGUGUUGCCCCCGUAACGCAAGAGAUCGACCAGCGCGUGACGUCGGAUACGAUAACCACCGUGUACCGUGGUCCUGUAUACCCCACGUCCCCCUCGUUCACCAUUCCCGUUUCCCUUCGCCUGUCCGGCACUCCUGCCGGUACUGGGUCAGACGGGAAUUAUGACAUGGUUGCGGACCAAGUACAGUUCGUGCUCACCGCUGCACCAAAUGGGACGGGAGAAAGCGUCGUCGGCGAGGGCGUACCGGGGUACAACCUCACCAUGACUUCCUCCGGUAUCGCUCGGGGCUUCGGGCUCUUUGAGUGGCCAGAAAGGAGUGCUGCGGAGAACGCAACUGGUACCCUGUCUACUGGGCUGGAAACGAGUGUAGACCAGGCGGGAGCCGCGUUGUAUGCUGGUAUUCUGGGCGCAUCGAUGAACUCUUUCUCGGUCGCGGCGAUCGCACAGUUCGGUGCGAGUGUCAUCUCCGCCCUUGCGGUGGGCAACAAUGGUACGCUGUACAUCGGUGGGCUUUUUACUUUGAGCACUGUUGGAGCAAGCAAUAUUGUUAUGUGGAACGGGAGUGACCUGAUCCCCCUUCCCUCCGGUGGGCUGAACGGCCCUGUGACCGCUCUUGCGAUCGACAACUCUGCUGGGCAUCUGUACGUCGGCGGGUCGUUCUCCGGUCCUCAAGGUUCGACGGAGAGCGGAUUUACCGGUAUUGGGCUGUUCGAUAUCGCCGCCAGCAAGUGGACGUCUAUGGCCGGAGGUUUGAACGGGCCCGUGACGGGACUCGCUUUCAGCAGCAACCAACUGCUUGUUGUGGGUAACUUCACCGCACUGCCGCAGAACAGUGGGAUUCCCGCAGCGGGCAUUGCUUCAUGGUCACUGAGCGCGGCGUCGUGGAAUCCUCCCAGCGGUUUCGUCGUCGGCAAUCUGUCAUUUAUUAGCACCGAUGGCCAAUUCAUGGGCGGCCGUGUGUCCAUGUCCUCGAUCUCGUACGGCUCGAGCGGCCACCUCUCUGAGGGGCUUGUCAUCCUCGUCUGUAUCGUUAUCGGCGCUGGUUGCGUGCUCAUGCUCUUCCUUAUCGGCCUCUUAAUAGCUCUCUGGCUCAGACGGUCAGAACAGGCACCCCAGGCCCUCGCCGAUAAGGACGACGACGAUGCUGCCAGCAGCAUCGGUCAGCACCCCUCUACUCUAUUAGAGCACGUGCAGGCCGCCACGCGGGCUACCAUUAUUGGAGAAGGCGCGUUCGCCGGCGGGAACAUCCGAAGUGAAGGCUCGCAUGAGCAGGUGGCAGAUGAUUCGAUGGAGACGGAGGAAGCAGUUGGGGGAGCGGGUCCGUUCGCGGACGACGGUCGGGUAGCGCAUGCCCGGUACUCUUUCGAAGCAUCUGGUGAGGGAGAGCUUGAGAUCCAUGCCGGCACGCAGGUGCAGGUCUUAGAUGACCGAGACACGUCUUGGUGGCUUGUCCGUGAUGUGGAAACGGGUCGUGAAGGCAUUAUACCCGCAUCAUACCUGCUCUAGACUAUGCGUCCUUUUUACAUAUCUUGUCUCUCUGGGUGUAUAUUUGAAACCAUCCUUGCUACCCCGACAAUAUUUUCCCAUCACUCCUGUUGACACGUCGGCUCCACCUUGGCUCUCACGCU